AUGGGCAUUAAACUUAAGCAUAGACGCUACUACUUGAACACAUCUACUCCUGCAAAUGGCUGGUCUCUCGAGAAAGACUAUUACAGCUCCGAAAUUGACACCUUUCCAAGACGUGGCCGGGCAAACGGUGCAAGAGAAGAUAUCUACUUAUUACUUAAAGAAAUAACAGACCGAGACUUUGGGUGUGAUGGACAAACUCGACCCGGUUAUAAGGUAUACCUGCACCACCCUGCUGAAUUGCCGCAAGCGUCACUCCACAGCUACGCAGCUCAACCCGGAAAGACUACCUCGUUUGCUAUCAAACUUGACAUCUUGGAUACGGCCCAGGAACUUGCAGGCUAUGCGCCACAUGUCCGCCAAUGUUAUUUCACAUCUGAAAGAUAUUUGCAGUUUUUCCAAAAGUACACGUCAUCGAACUGUCAGUUGGAGUGUCUUACUAACUACACCAUACAGAGCUGCGGGUGUGUCAGCUUCUAUAUGCCACGCAAUGACAGCACGGCAAUAUGCAAAGGAGAUCAAUUAAAAUGUAUACAGGAUGCUCUAGGUAAAGUUGGGUGGUUUUACGGUAGUAGUGUUAGUUUAAACUAG